CGCCCACUAGUUGAUUCCUGCUCAGUGUUUGGCGACAAGAGCAGUGAGGAAACUAGAUAGAAGCUCCAAACUGCCCUUUUCUCCUUUUUCUCAAGAUUGGGUCUCUUGCUGGUGCAACUUUUCAUCCUGCAGUUUCACUCUCUUAGGACCACUAUGCUCCACUUGACUACAGUGCGCGUGGGGAGCCUCAUGGCCAGGCGCGCGACUGCCGCCUUUACCACCAGCAGCGCGAGGAUGUCGAGCCACGGUACAGAGGUGGCAGAGAGUGAGGACAUGUCUAAACCAAUGUACUGGGACCGUCGAGCCAUCCCUCUACCUGACAGAGCCUACAAACAAGACCUGACUGCUGCUGACAAGAGUCUGAAACAGAAGGAGAAGGGACCCUGGGGCCAGCUGUCUAAAGAGGAGAAGAUUGCCUUGUACCGGCUGAAGUUUGAUAAGACCUUCCCAGAGAUGAAGCAGGGGUCGGCAGAGUGGAAGACAGUGGUCGCAGGUUUUUUCUUCUUUGUGGGAUUAACCGGUUUGGUGGUCUUGUGGCAGGCACACUAUGUCUAUCCUCCACGUCCCAGGACCUUUGAUGAAGAAUGGAAGGCCAAACAGCUAAAGAGGAUGCUGGACAUGAAGGUAAACCAAAUCGAGGGCUUCGCCACCCACUGGGAUUACGAAAAGGGCCAGUGGAAGUAAAGAGACUGCGGCUGAGGCGGCACAGAGUUUGGACCUGUCCCCUCGGAGCUGUGCUGCUACCAUCGAAGUAAAACUGAUUUUAAAUGUUGUAUUAUCAGUGUCCAAAGCAGGAGAAAGAUUUAGUCCCGCAGUCAGCAACUUUCCUCUGUGCCGCCUCCGGCUUGAUCUGUAGCCUCUUGACCAAACACUACAGCCUUUAGUCAUGGUGAUAACUGUAUCCGUCCUGUUGUAACCAUAUCUUAAUAAAAAAGUUUUGCUUAUG